AUGUCGAAUUUUCAAGGUGGGUAUCCUCCAGAAGGAGGAUAUCCUCCUGAACAACAAUAUAGUGGUUAUCCACCACAAGGUUACCAACCAUAUCAAACUGAAGGAGAUUCUCAACCCUUAAUUACUCCUCAAGGCGUAUCUUUUGCUGAGCCUGAUAGAUCUUCACGUCAUUUUGGUAGAGCUCCAGCGCGUCAACCACGUCGUUACAAAACUACAAAACGUGUAGAAUUAUAUCAAGGGAAUUUAGUAUUAGAUUGUCCUGUACCUACUGAAUUAUUGAGAAAAGUUCCAAAAAGAGAAGAUAGAGAGUUCACACAUAUGAGAUACACUGCUUGCACGUGUAAACCAGAUGACUUUAAGAAAGAAAGAUAUACACUUCGUCAGCUACUUUAUGAUCCUCCAAGGCAAACUGAAUUAUUUAUAGUGUUGACUAUGUAUAAUGAAGAUGAAGUUCUUUUUGCCCGUACUUUUCAUAGUGUUGUGAAAAAUAUUACUCAUCUUUGCAGUCGUGAUCGUUCUCGUGUUUGGGGUGAAAAUGGAUGGAAAAAAGUUGUUGUAUGCGUUGUAUCCGACGGUCGUUUAAAAAUUAAUCAACGUACUUUAGCUUAUUUGGCUGCUAUUGGUGUUUAUCAAGAUGGUGUAGCAAAAAAUACUGUUGGAAACAGGGAAGUUACUGCUCAUAUUUAUGAGUAUACUACUCAACUCUCAAUUGAUGCUGAUAUGAAAUUUAAAGGUGAAAAGGGUGAAAUCGUUCCUGUUCAAGUCCUAUUUUGUCUUAAAGAAAAGAAUGCUAAAAAGAUUAAUUCUCAUCGUUGGUUCUUUAACGCAUUUGGUGCUUUAAUUAAUCCAACUGUGUGUAUUCUUCUUGAUGUUGGUACUAAACCUGGUGGUACUUCUCUCUAUCAUUUAUGGAAAGCUUUUGAUCUCAAUUCUAAUAUUGCUGGCGCAUGUGGAGAAAUCGUUGCUAUGAAAGGAACUGCUGGUGUAAAUCUCUUAAAUCCUAUUGUUGCCGCUCAAAACUUUGAAUAUAAAAUAUCCAAUAUUUUGGAUAAACCUCUUGAAUCCGUAUUUGGUUAUAUUACUGUAUUACCCGGUGCUUUCUCCGCUUAUCGUUAUAUCGCUCUUCAAAAUGAUCAAAAUGGAAAUGGCCCUUUGGCUUCUUAUUUUUUGGGUGAAGCAGCUCAUGGUGCUGAUGCUGAUAUCUUUACCGCUAAUAUGUAUCUCGCUGAAGAUCGUAUUCUCUGUUUCGAAUUGGUAGCAAAACGUAAUUGUUCUUGGUUAUUACAUUAUGUUAAAUCUGCAUAUGCAGAAACUGAUGUACCUGAUCAAGUACCUGAAUUAAUUUCUCAAAGACGACGUUGGUUAAAUGGUUCCUUCUUUGCUGGUGUUUAUGCUAUUUGUCAUACUUUUGCUAUUUGGAGAAGUGAUCAUACUAUGAUUCGCAAAAUCUUUUUACACGUUGAAAUGGCUUAUCAAGCAUAUAACCUUUUCUUCUCAUGGUUUGCCUUGGGUAAUUUCUAUUUGACAUUUUACAUUUUGGGCAAUUCUUUAACCGAUCCUCUGGUUAUUGAGGGCCUUUGGAGUAAAUCUGUGGGUGACAUAAUCUUCCAGAUUCUACGUUACAUUUAUCUGGCAUUACUUAUGAUCCAAUUCGUUUUAGCCAUGGGAAAUAGACCUCAAGGUACUCGAUGGGCUUACGUUAGUUCGAUAACAUUCUUUUCCGGCCUUAUGUUAUAUAUGUUGUUCGCGACAGGUUGGCUUACAUAUAAAGGGGUUAAAUUCCAAUUAGAAGAAUUACGUAACACAAGUAGUCUUACUGGUGCCAACAUGUCUACCGCUGGCGCCGUUUUGGCUGACUCUACUUUUAAAAAUAUUAUCCUUUCUGUGAUUACCACAUAUGGAUUAUAUUUCUUUGCAAGUUUCUUAUUCUUUGAACCAUGGCAUAUGUUCACUAGUUUAGGACAAUAUUUGCUGCUGGUACCAUUUUAUAUAAAUAUCUUGAACGUUUAUGCGUUUUGUAACGUUCAUGACGUCAGUUGGGGUACAAAGGGUGAUACUGGAACAAAAAAAGACUUGGGAACUGUUGCUGCGCCUGGAAAAGGUGGUGAGGUUGAAGUUGAAGCACCUGUUGAUCAGAAGGAUAUUAAUGCUGCGUAUGAUGAAGCUGUUAAUGAAUUAUCACGACAUGUUGAAGAACAAGUAAAGAAGCGUUCAGCACAAGAAAAACAAGAUGAUUAUUAUAAAGCAUUCCGUACAGAAGUAGUGCUUGCUUGGACCAUUAGUAAUUGUGCAUUAGUAGCUGCUAUUACAAAUUCCAGUACAACUUUAAAUGCAAUGUUGCCUCAAGAUAAAAGAAGUAAUGAUUAUAUGGCUUUCAUUCUUUGGUCUGUAACUGGAUUGGCUUUUUUCAGAUUUAUGGGAUUGUAA